AUGUGUGUUAAUUUUGACCCUAAAACCGAAUUGCUUAUAAUACCUGUUUGGAUUCGUUUUCCAGGGCUUAAACUACAUCUUUUUAAUCAUGAGAUACUCUUUUCACUUGCGGCUGCUUACGACAAGCCUUUGAAAAUGGAUAGCGCUACUUAUACGCUAUCGAGACCAUCUAAAGCUUGUAUUAUUAUUGAACGAGACAUAGCACAGCCAUUUUGCAAUGAAAUUUGGAUAGGAUCGCAACACCAAGGGUACUGGCAACCUGUUGAAAUUGAAAGACAUUCUUCUUACUGCACUCACUAUUCUAUGUUCGGUCAUCAAACAACAUCUUUCUAUAAAUUGAAGCCUCAACUCAAAAACUCCCAUAAUUCUCCACAUACUACCUCUCCUGAAAACAAUAAACCUAUAGAGCAUCAGGAUUUCCCAUCUACUAUUGAUAAUGUGGUUGAUUUAAUUGUAAAUCCUCCUUUGAGUACUGCUACUUCUAACUUGGAUACUUUAGGCAAUGAGGAAUUACACACAUGCACUGAUGUUAUCCCUCAACAACUGAAUACCUAUGAUGGUACUAAUUUGGCAGUGGAUUGUAAUGAGCUAAAUGAUAAUGUGGCUACUAUGGAACUCGUGGAAACAGCCUUACCAGUAGAUCCUAAUAUUCCAAAUAACAUCACACAUAUUCAAGGAGUUUCUAUUCCCUCUAGCUCUACUACUUACACUACUAUAGUUGGGGCUCCUCCUGUUACUGUUGAUACUAGUACUACUUUAUCUAAUGUGGACAAAACUUUAGACAAUGAGUGGCAGGUUCAAAAACAUUCAACAAAAAAGGCUAAACGAAAUAAUGAGCUAUCUAGUCUUAAUGCUAGCAACAUUAUUCAGGAAGGCAUUUAUCAUUCUGAUGGGGAACAAUUAGUCAACCCUACUAGAUCUUCUAGAAGGGCUAGCUCACGUCAUCAUGUUUAA